AUGGAUGAUAAUAGGGAUAUAAAACGAUGUCGCUGUUGUUUUAGACUUAGACAUGCAAUGAUAAUCAUUACUUUAUUAUGGACUAGUAAAACAAAGUUUCUAAAAGUUUUCAAAGCAUUGGCUUAUACAAUCGCGGCAUUUUAUUCAUUUGUAGCAAUGAUUCCAUUCAUUGUUCUUGCUGCAAAAAAAGAUGAGUUCACCAGUUCGUGCUUUAAAUCUGGUUAUAGUGGGGAUUGUAGAACCCUGAUCAAUACCAUGAUUGUUGGUAGCAUAAUCAAUGUCAUUGUUCUGGCAGUAUUUUCGCUUUAUUUUGCAGCGAUAGUUAAAGCCUACGUAUUAAAAAUGAAUACCGAAAGAAGAAAUUCCCAAAGAGAAACAACGGAGGAAACACCAAAAGAAACAAACAUGGAAACAUCGAGUCAACCAACAAUUUAUUGA